AUGUCCGAUUCUGCAAGUAAAAGUAGCGACGAUGGUGUCGUACUUAUUGAAUGGGAUGACAUCAGCAACUACAAUCCUGAUCAGAUCCUCCCAGAGUCUUCAGAGCAGAUUCAAAAGAUACGCACAUGGCUGAACCCUACAGAGUAUGCGCUCGCCAGCGGAGAAUUCAGCAAGCAUCUCGCAUCUCACCUACCCGGUACCAAUGCGUGGUUCACUUCAAGCGAUGCCUACCGCGGUUGGCUCAAAAGCAAAAAAGAUGGGCUUAUGUGGAUCAAAGGAAUACCUGGUUCGGGCAAGUCUGUUCUCGCCGCACAUCUUGUGAACGAAUUGGCCCAGUUCGAGUCGGGUACUCCGGUGUUGUACUUCUUCUUUCGUCAAAUUAUUGACGCGAAUCAUGAGGCCGCUGCCUUGAUUCGUGACUGGCUGGAUCAAAUACUGGUGUAUAGUCCACCAUUGCAGAAGCGGCUAAAAGAGUUAGUAGAAUCAGGACGAUCAGUGACUAGCAUCACAAUGGAGGAUCAUUGGUCCAACCUAAAGCUUGCAAUCAACGGGCUUCCUGGCCAAAUCUUCUGUGUCGCCGACGCACUCGAUGAGAUGGAUGAGGGGAACGACGAUUUUCUUCGAUCUCUGGCUGCAUUCGGGCAGUGGAAGCCUGAUAAAGCAAAGGUGCUAAUCACAAGUCGGCCGGUACCGAUCGUGGAAUUACCCUUACGAAACUUAGAUUUGCUAAGCAUACGCCUACAUGAGAAAGAAGUUGACAUUGAUAUUGAGACCUACGUCGAGCAUGGCUUGAGGUCAACAGACAUAGCGCCUAGCGACCAAAGGCUCAUCAAGGAAGCUAUCCCGGGCCGGGCAAACGGCCUCUUCCUGUACGCAAAACUAGCUCUGGAUGCUUUUCUUGAAUCGGGCGCACGCAUCGACGAUGUCCUUCAGGCACUUCCUACCGAUCUGCACGACAUGUAUACACGCCUACUCCGUGAACAUGCGGCUAGGUCUGGUGUGCCGCACGAUAUCCAGCUGCUCGUCCUUCAAUGGGUGACCCAUGCUACACGUCCACUGCGGCUUCUAGAACUUGCAGAGAUGCUCGAUACCACAUAUCCUUCAGAGGCGGAAUCAGAUCUGAAGGCGAAGAAAAAUCUUGUUCGUGCAGCAACAGGACCCUUGCUUGAAAUACUGCCAGACGAGACCGUCUGUGUCAUUCAUCAUUCUUUUACAGAGUACCUGAAGUCUGAAACAAGAGAUGAAGGUCAUGGUGGAUACCCGAUACUUCGUCCGGGUCCCACUCAUGGUCGCCUUGCCAUUGCGUGCUUGUCUUAUCUGCAGUCUGGAUGCCUCGAUGCUGUGGACAUCUCGGGAAAUGAGUAUGUCCAGGCUGAUAAUACUUCAUACAAAGACACGGCCUGCUCAAAAGAGGAGCAGCAAAUUAGGUUGCGCUAUCCAUUCUUCUUGUAUGCAGCCACCAAUUGGCACACACACGUCGCCAGAUCUGCAUCAGCAGGCUUACCGCAAGCUGAAUUGAACACUGUCGUUCACAGUUUCCUGCACAGUCCUGCAAGAAGAAAAGCGUGGUUGAGGUUGCAGUGGUCUGAGCAGAUCCACAGCCCUACUGCGCUGCACGUGGCGGCAAGGUAUGGUCUGUACGACUACGCUCAAUACCUCGUUCAGAGUGGAGCUGACGUUGACGUGCACGAUGUAUCUGGCAAGACACCUCUUUGGUUAGCUGCCUCUUCGGGGCAUCCGGAUAUUAUUAGAUUAUUGGUCCAUGCUGGAGCAGACCCAGAUGUGGACGACGAAGUGAAUGGCUUGAAGCCAUUGCAUAUAGCAGCACACGAGAACCAGGCAGAAGCUGUCAGGGCCCUCCUUGAAGCUGGAGUCGAUCCCUUGACUGAGCGGACGCGAGACACGCCAGCAGAAGGAUUUGUUUGCGGCAAUGGACCCACGUCUGUGGGGCAUACUCCGUUGAUGUACGCAUGUAAGAAUGGUCAUCUAGAAGCUCUAAGUGCUUUCAUUCCAUUCCUGCAUGAUCUAGAGGCGGUUCAUCGAGCUCUAGAAUGGUCUGCAUACAAAGGCCGUGUCAAGCUCGUGCGUCGCAUUCUACAGUACCCUGGCGUACAGGUGAACGCCAAACCACGUGGAGACACCGCCCUCGUUGCUGCUUGUCGAUCCUCGAAUCGUGAUACAAUUGUGACGUUGAUUCACGCUGGAGCCGAUCCGACUGUUCUUUGCGAGAAUUGGGGUCCUGAAUUUGGUGACAUGUACUCCGGUAGCUAUGGUUGCUUCGCAGAAACAACAGAAGAACGUGUAAAGCGAGGCUUCACUGCGUUGCAUGCUUUGUGCUCAGGAUUCCGGUACGGAAGCAGCAAGACGUUCAACGCAGAGGAGUCGCAAGAACUAGUCACGUUGCUGAUUGACAAAGGAGCCAACGUCAAUCAAAAAGAACAUCAAGGAGACACUCCCCUUCACUAUGCAGUCAACACGCCAGUCGCGGUCCGUCUGCUUCUUGAGGCUGGUGCCGAAGCAAACGCUGUCAACGAUGCAGGACAGGCACCAUUACACCUUGUCACCUCACCCGAAUCAAUCAGCUUAUUGGUCGAGAUUGGUCACGCGGACAUCAACACACCUACCCGCUAUUUCCGCCAAGAUGGGCAAUCACCUAUAUGGAUCCUGCUGAAUAGUUAUCAUGUCAAUGCGACGCUCAAACUGCUGGACUAUGGGCCAGAUCUGACCCAAAAAGACAAGGAUGGAAGUGGACCUUUGCACUUUAUACUUAAACAAUCGAGUGCAGAUGUUCCCGUCUUGAAGGCCCUGUUAGAUGCAGGAGCCGAUCCUAACGAGCGAAAUCAUCUUGGCGAGACGCCGUUGCUUUGCAUGCUCAUCAACGGAAGGCAUUCGGAAGCACUCCUCGACCUUCUACUCGAAGCAGGUGCGGACAUAAACGCAAAAGAUGUGGAAGGCUUGACCGUUCUGUCUCGCGGGGUGAGCGGUGGAUCCUCUUAUGAUUCAGAAUACCAAGAGCUGGAAGCCUUGCUCAAGAAAGGAGCGGAUCUCGAUGUGCGCGAUUUUGAUGGACGAACGCUGCUUCACAUUGCCAUCUCCGGCCACGAAGACACAAGGCGUCAAGUAACCAAGUUCGACUACCUGUUGCAGAAAGGUAUGGAUCAUACAGCAGUCGACUAUAGGGGGAACACACUCUUGCAUAAGCUAGCUCCUUCAUAUGCACGGAAAUACCUUCCCCUUGCAAGGCAGCUCCUCGCCUUAGGCAUCGACCCCGAUCAACGCAACAAUGCGGGAAGAACCGCUCUACAUGUCUUAGCAAGCAGGCUACCGUCCGGGUAUCGAGCGUCUUCGAGCUUGCCAGGCCCUCGGAAUAUCUUUGAACUAUUGAUAUCAACGUCCAAAAACAUCAAUCUAUCAGAUAGUCAGGGCCUCACAGCUCUUCAUCUCGCAAGCACUGUUUCCGAACGCCAUGUGAAAAUACUGCUUGAUGCAGGGUCGGAUGCUACGAUCGCCAGUUUCCAAGGACUCACGCCACUUCAUCGUGCGGCGCGCGCAGGGAAAAGCAAUAUCGUGGGGCAAAUUUUAGAGGCUGGCAAGACCGCAAAGCGUGAUGUGGUCAAUUUAAAAGAUGAGAAAGGGCAUACUGCGCUAUACUACGCUUGCAGGUCCGGGAGACCAGAGACUGUCAAGUUGUUGCUUGAUGCUGGGGCCGACGCAUCAGACAGAAGUCUAUUUACCGCAUGUGCGGAUUACGAGGAAGCAGGGCCAACUUCUACUUUCUACACAGGUUAUAGCUCAAAGGAGUUGAAACCAUACAAAGAUACCACUAGACUUGAUGAGAUCCUGACCAUGCUAAUCGACAAUGGGGCCAACGUACGCGACAUGCAUUACGUUAGUCCCUCAAGUGGGGCAACUGAAGUAUCGGACUAUUCCGUGGACUGUUUCGUGCGAGCAAAAGAGCUAUAUACGGGAGCCUCAAUGUCCAAUUCAGACGGUGCGCCGAGCAUCUUAUUCACUGAACACGCCGCGAAGAUUCGCAGAGAUGCUCAGCUUCGCGCAGUGUCUGAGUUCAAUGUAGUGAAAGGACAGCAAAACUGGGAUCUAAUUCUCCAUUUAUUGCAGCAGCGGCAGUAUCAUACUAUGGAAGUACUCUUCCACAAAGGUGUCAGCUUCCUAGAAGACGUCGACAAGUACAGCCAUCGCUCGAACAUGCAUGUCUUUGUGCGAUUGGGCUUCGCCUCACUCGUGCAGCAGAUAGGCGACCUUGAGGCCGAACGAGAAUUCGAGAAAGGCCAGUGGCAUGCCUUUAAUGACAGUUCGAGACGCGGUUUACACAUAGAUGUGGACCCCAACGCGGAUAAGAGUAAAACUAUUCCGUCCCUGCUAGAAGAAGCAGUCAAGAAUUCACUGCCAAAUAUGGAUGUUGUGCGUCUCCUAGUAGAACGAUUUCACGUGGGUGUGGAUGGAGUCAUGCAUUACCUAGCGAUGGGUAUUCACUGGUGGCACGUUGCUCAAGCUUUGCCAUACCUUAUCUUGCAAGGAGCAAACGUAAAUAUUCGAGAUCAAGGAGAUCAUGGUCGCAGUCCUUUGCACGUUGCUCUUGCCAAAGAGAGGUCAUAUCAUGAUGACAUUCAUGGCAUAUUCCAAAAAGAGGCAGCAACAGUGUUGAUCUCAGCUGGAGCAGACGUGAAUGCUCAAGAUAAGGACGGAAAGAGCUGCCUUGCUCUUGCAUGCGAUGAUAGUGCAAUGGUCAAACUGCUAAUUCAGAAGGGUGCCACUGUCGAUGCACAUGCUUUGUUUGCUGCGCUCAAGUAUAAGCUCGUCGAUGUUCUCGAAACGCUCCUCUCUACAGGAGUCGAUCCUAACAUACGCCGACCACCUGAUUACAACUCACGAGGUCAUGUUGGUGAUAAGGUCUCCGCCUUGGAGGAGUUUCCGCUCUGGGUCGCAGCAACACGACACGGUAUUGAGGCAGAGAGGACGCUAAACGAGAAGCGGAAGGCUACGGACACUGCACUAAAGCUCGUCAACCUGCUAUUAGCGCACGGAGCGGACCCAUUUGCGAUGUUUGAGAAAAAGAAUCCGAGUCACGUAUCAAAGCGGGACGAUGGGGCCAUUGAAGAGGAGGGCCACGAUUCAAGCUUGAUCUCGGCCGAAGAAUUGGACGCUGAGAGCGAGCUCCAGACUGUUUGUAUCUUGCACGACCUCCUGGAGAACGACAGCCUAGUUCAUCCACUACUCACAUUGUCAAAUCUUGAUCCACAACGGAGGGACUCUCGCGGUCGUACUGUAUUACACGCCGCAUGCAGAAGCCGAGCCGGUAUACGAGCACCGAUUGAUACACUUCUCACGGAGAUCGAUCCAGAACGUGAGGAUCCUGGAAAUGAAACACCGUCCUUCUUGCAUCACCUAAGCUCUCGAGGUGCAGACGUACUCGCAGUGGACAAUGAUGGACGGAACAUUCUACACCACAUGCUCGCUGCGCCAAAAGUCCAUCUUAACUCGUGUCACCCAAUGCUUCGGGUGCUCGCUCUCCUCUCUAAAGCAGACACCGCGGCUUUGAUCAAUCAAACUGACGUGUAUGGUAAUACGGCGAUCCACCUAGCGCUGAGAUACGCCAUCUGGCAAAGUGACGCUACGCUAGUGGAGGCUUUGCUCGCAGCCGGCGCCGAUCCUUCUGUGCAGGAUAACCGAGGGAAUAAUGCUCUACAUAUCCUAGCAUAUCGCGUGCUAGAGAGUGAAGCAACUCGAGUCCUGUUCUCCAGCAUGCUUGAACACGGCCUUGACGUCAACACCAGGAAUGCCUCAGGUCAAACUCCAGUCUUUAACUUGAACAAACCGUUCCCGAGCUAUAUCGACCAGGUCGCAUGCAACAACGAAGAGUACAUCACACCUGCACAAACCCUGGCUCUCUUCGAAGACGCAGGAGCGGAUCUUUUCCUGAGAGACAAGCAGGGAAGAGGAUUGCUGCAUUUUGCUGCUAGGUGGACAGGAAAGAACCGUGCGACGAGAUUUGAGCUGCUAGUGAACAAGGGCCUUGAUGCGAUGAUUGAGGACGAACGGAAGAGGACAGCGUUGGACGUCGCUGCUGCGUGCGAUAACCAGAGCGUUUUGAAGCUAUUUGAUAAGGAUAAUGUGAGGAACAAGGUUACGGCAGAGGAGCUGGAAUUUGAACCUGAGUACGAAAGUGAUGGCUUGGGGUUCUGA